ACUAUCCAAAUUUCACAUCCUCAUCAAAAGUCUUCUCCUUGCAAGCUUCCAUUGGAAGAGAUAAAAAGCAUAAAAAAUUCGAAAAAAGAAAAAUAAUGGCCACCUACUUACAGUUGCCCAUGGCGUCCUCAGUACCAUGUACUUCAACAUCAUCGUCUCCGCUAAAACGGCGUAGUUUUAGCGUUCUCUGUGCAGCCAAUAGCAAUAGCAGUACAAAGAUUCCGAUGCCUCCGCUGAACCCUAAGGACCCAUUUCUCAAUAAGCUUGCAUCUGUUGCUGCAAAUAAUCCAGAAGCACUCUUCACUCGGCCUCAAAAUUCUGAUAUGCCGCCUUUUUUGGAUAUUUACGACUCCCCUAAGCUCAUGGCUACUCCUGCUCAGGUGGAGAGAUCAGUAUCAUACAAUGAGCACAGACCGAGGAGACCUCCACCAGACUUACCCUCACUGUUGCUCCAUGGUAGAAUAGUUUAUAUUGGCAUGCCGUUGGUGCCAGCAGUCACAGAGUUAGUUGNGUGUGUGUUUUAUUUGAUUAUUUUCCUAGUCGCUGUUACUGCAUAUUCCGUUGGUAUGGAAACAGAAGGUUUUGCAAUUUAUGAUGCCAUGAUGCAAUUAAAAAACGAGAUACACACUGUCGCAGUUGGUGCUGCCAUCGGUCAGGCGUGUCUCUUGCUUGCAGCUGGUAGUAAAGGCAAAAGGUUUAUGAUGCCACAUGCCAAAGCCAUGAUUCAACAGCCUCGCGUGCCGUCAUCUGGAUUAAUGCCGGCCAGCGAUGUUUUCAUCCGAGCAAAGGAGGUAAUCAUAAACAGAGACACCCUUGUCAAGCUUUUGGCAAAACACACUGAAAAUUCUGAAGAAACUGUUGCCAAUGUGAUGAGAAGACCAUUUUACAUGGAUGCUACCAGAGCAAGAGAAUUUGGCGUCAUUGAUAAGAUUCUUUGGCGUGGGCAAGAGCAGAUCAUGGCAGAUGUUUCUGCACCAGAGCAGUGGGACAAGAAUGCAGGGAUCAAAGUUGCUGAUGCUAUUUAGCUUCUUCCUAGAUAUAAUGCAAUGGGAUACUGACAGAAGUGUUUCAACCAUCAAGGGGUGAAGUUCCAGUUCAUUUCACAGGAAAAGAGUUACCGAAUGAGAAUUUUCUGGUUUGAGCAAGUCCUGAAACGGACGCACUUGCUGUAGCUCUUGAAGAUUAUACAGUGUCAUGAUUGGAUACUUCUUAUAGCAACCAAGAAUAGGUGUUUAGCUUGGAUAAAAGCCUUGUAUAAAAUUGUCGUUGAUGUAUUCCACAUUUUGUGAGUUACACAAUCAUUAGAUAGCAUUUUUAUGAGGGAUGGCUAUCCUCUCGAUUCUAUAACGUUUCGAUUUAUAAUAACUACUAGUACUAUAAAUUGAUGGAUUCACCAUACUUUGGCAUCUAUGGUAUAAUGGUAAUGGCAGCAACUUUGAUUGGA